GCCCUGCACGCGACCCUUAACCAAGCGUCACGAGUCACAGGAAUGAUCAUGGGGAGUUGAGAAAGAACAACAUUAGCUAGCUAGUAAGCCAGCGACAACUGCAAUUAAUGAAACAAUUAAGCGACAGUUAGGGCAGCGAGCUUCACUAUGGCGAACAUCUCAAAGAAAGUGUCGUGGUCCAGCCGGGCCGAGGAGUCCGGGGUAGCCGGGGAGGGGACGUCGCUGCUCAACGGCUCCGAGCAGCCCAGACUCUCUAGACAGCUGUCUGGAGGAGGCAGUAUAUUUCAGAUAGGCAGACUCAGCACGGUGGAUUUGGAGGAGGAGAUUACGUCAGAUGAGGACUCUCUGAGGGGGCGACCGAAAGAGAUCCCUCAUAAUGAGAAGCUGCUGUCACUUAAAUAUGAGAGUCUGGACUAUGAUAACAUUGAGAAUCAGCUAUUUUUGGAGGAGGAGAGGAGGAUGAGCUACAUGGGUUUUCGCUGUCUGGAGAUCAGUCGCUGGGUGGUCUGUGGUCUAAUUGGCUUUCUGACUGGCCUCAUCGCCUGUUUUAUAGACAUUGCGGUGGAGGAACUGGCUGGGAUCAAAUACCAAGUGGUCAAACAUAACAUAGAGAAGUUUACAGAGGUGGGCGGCCUGUCAAUCUCCCUCAUCCUCUGGGCUGUCCUCAACUCCUCCAUUGUCAUGUUUGGGGCCAUCAUAGUUGCAUUUUUCGAGCCUAUAGCAGCAGGAAGCGGUAUUCCUCAAAUAAAAUGUUAUCUGAAUGGAGUCAAAAUUCCCAGGGUGGUACGACUCAAGACACUGGUGGUGAAAGUGUCCGGUGUUAUCUGUUCAGUGGUUGGCGGUCUUGCUGUAGGAAAGGAAGGGCCCAUGAUUCACUCUGGUGCUGUUGUAGCUGCAGGAGUCUCUCAGGGCAGGAGCACCUCCUUAAAGAGAGACUUUAAGAUCUUUGAAUACUUCCGGAGAGACACAGAAAAAAGGGACUUUGUGUCUGCUGGAGCUGCUGCCGGAGUUUCCGCUGCUUUUGGAGCACCAGUCGGUGGCGUUCUGUUCGCUCUAGAGGAGGGAGCUUCUUUCUGGAACCAGAUGUUGACGUGGAGAAUAUUUUUUGCCUCCAUGAUCUCUACCUUCACCUUGAACUUCUUCCUCAGUAUCUAUCAUAACAAACCAGGAGACCUUUCCAACCCGGGUCUCAUCAACUUUGGGCGCUUUGAGAGUGAUAGUGUGGCCUAUAACCUCUAUGAGAUUCCCUUGUUCAUCAUUAUGGGAGCCAUAGGUGGAUUGCUGGGAGCUCUGUUCAACAAGCUCAACUACUGGCUGACCAUCUUCAGGAUCAGAUAUGUUCAUCGCCCUUGUUUACAAGUGAUGGAGGCCAUGUUGGUUGCUGCUGUGACCGCGACAGUGUCGUUCACCAUGAUCUACUUCUCCAAUGACUGUCAGCCUCUGGGGCCUGAGCACACGGAGGAGUACCCCCUGCAGUUGUUCUGUGCAGAUGGGGAGUAUAACUCCAUGGCAACGGCCUUCUUCAACACUCCUGAGAGAAGUGUUCGUAGUCUCUUCCACAACCAGCCAGGAACCUACAAUCCCUUGACCCUGGGUUUGUUCACCCUGACUUAUUUCUUCCUGGCGUGUUGGACCUAUGGCCUGGCGGUGUCUGCUGGAGUCUUCAUCCCAUCUCUUCUCAUAGGAGCAGCCUGGGGAAGAUUGUUUGGAAUCCUGCUGGCCUCCAUUACCGCCUCUGGCUCGAUCUGGGCUGAUCCUGGUAAAUAUGCCCUGAUUGGAGCUGCAGCUCAGUUAGGUGGCAUUGUGAGGAUGACCCUCAGUUUGACUGUCAUCAUGGUAGAGGCUACAGGAAAUGUCACAUACGGUCUUCCCAUCAUGCUCGUACUCAUGACUGCCAAGAUAGUAGGAGACUAUUUUGAAGAAGGUCUGUAUGACAUCCACAUCAAGCUGCAGAGCGUUCCCUUCCUGCACUUGGAGGCUCCCGCCACCUCCCACUGGUUGACCGCCCGAGAGGUGAUGGGUUCCCCGGUCACCUGUCUGAACAGGAUAGAGAAAGUGGGAACCAUCGUGGACAUCCUUAGCAACACGUCUACCAAUCACAACGGCUUCCCAGUCGUGGUGCAGGUUACUGCUAGUGACGAGCCAGCGAAGCUCUGCGGCCUCAUCCUCCGCUCUCAGCUCAUUGUUCUUCUCAAGCACAAGGUGUUUGUGGAGUUGGCCCGGUCCCGGCUGACCCAGAGGAAGCUCCAGCUGAAGGACUUCAGGGACGCCUAUCCCCGCUUCCCCCCAAUCCAGAGCAUCCACGUCUCUCAGGACGAGAGGGAGUGUAUGAUGGACCUCACUGAGUUCAUGAACGCAACGCCUUACACUGUACCACAGGAAACGUCUCUGCCUCGUGUGUUUAAGCUGUUCAGGGCGCUGGGACUCAGACACCUGGUGGUAGUGGAUGAUGAGAACAGGGUGGUUGGACUGGUGACAAGGAAAGACUUGGCCAGAUAUCACCUGGGAAAACACGGACUAGAGGAGCUUCAGGUGGCCCAGACAUAGCACACACACACACACACACACACAAAUCUAUGAACUAUGACCACUUGAUGCCUCAUAAGCUCUAUGCAGGACACGAACAAGGGCCAAGAGGUCUUUGUUAUUUUUAUGCCAAAAUAGUCACCCUGACAACACAUGGAAACCCUUUGAACAGGCCUGGGUCAUUAACAAAAAGACACGUUUAAAUGUCAAACUACUCUUGGUGUAAACAUUGGAAGUGUGAAAAAAAAAUUAACUGCACCCAACGCGAAAAUUUGCUCUGUUGAAUCUGUGUGAAAUGAUUUACUUUGGAAGGAUUCUGACUUCCUUGAUUGUUAUCACAGUUUGUAUGUUUGGUGGUGCUGAGGCAUCUAAGGAUAUCUUUUCACAGGGCUUUUGUACCCUUUUGCCGUGCUUAUACGUGUUCACAGACCUCACUCUGUACUGCACUUUUCUGUAUGGGGUCAAGAAAAAGUCGGAAUGACAGGAUAUUUUCAAAACAAAACAGCCACUUUGCCAGCUGGAAGAGAAACCUGAUGCUUUGCUGCUUUUGUUACAAAAACAGCCACACAUACAUCACUCUGUCUGUUCUUAGUCUUAUUCUGUCUCCGCUACAUCACGUGACGCCGUACAUCAUUGACCAUGUAUUCAUUAUAUUUUAAAUAAUUCAGAUGGCUGUUCUUUAUGUCUUGCUAUUGAACUAAACAAGGCAUUUAAAUUGGUUUGCUUCAAAAACAUGAUUUUGAGUGAGUGAGUGUAAGCACUUACCAUUUAAGGUUUCUUCUGGCAAUGUCAAAAAAGUUUUUAUUUUCAAUUGUUUACUUUUGCACGUGGUCAUAUGCUUUUAUUUAUUGGUAAUAUUGAAUAUUUAAAGUGUGUGGUUUGGGCUCGUUUAUGGUCAGGCAGAGUUUGGGCUUGACAUAUCCCAUAGUUCAGGACUUUCACAAGUGCGUUUUGAAGAGAGACCUGAUUAUCUGAAGCUUGUCUCAGUUGGUCUGUUAUUACAUGGAUAUUCAGAUCCUUCCUUCUCUUUUUUUCUGUCAGCUUUUACUGAAUAUGUGUGUGUGCUACUGUCAGUAAAAAAAUAGGUUGAAUCUCAUAGGUACUAACUUCAUAUUUAACACCUCCAAAUGUUUACACUACCCACAAGUGUUCCUCAUGAAGCUCCAUAUAGAUGUAAACCAUUGUUUAAUGCAUCCUUUCUGUUCAAUCCAAUACAUAAAUUCCUGCGUUACUCCAGUGAGGACACUAUACGCACAGAUUCUCUGAUUUAUUGUUAUUUGUAAAUCCAACAUUUCUUCAAUUGUCUGCAUUAUUUGUUCUGCUUUGUGUACUUCAUAGGUUUUACUCAUCGAUUGUUUGGUCUUUGUUUGUUUUGUUUGUCAGAACUAUGCUCUAUUUUAUAACCAAUGGAUAAGCCUUUUGUGAAUUAAUAAAGUUUGAAUGUAUCUAUUGU